AUGUUUAUUAGUACCACAAAAGGUUUCAUUACACGUCCACAAACAACUUGGAUUAUAUUUCAAUUCAAAAAACGACAUAAUUCAACAACACCAUCAACAAAAUUAACUUCAAGUUAUUUUCAUCAUGUUUCAUCACUUCCAUUUGUGUAUAAAACAAUAAGUCAAAGUUUUGAUGAAACAGCUACGAAAUAUCCUGAUCAUGAAUGUUAUGUUUUUAAAAGUGAACAAAAACGAUAUACAUUUAAAUCAUUCAAAAAUGAAGUUGAUAGUUUAGCUGCAUCUCUUAUGGAAUUAGGCUUUGAAAAAGGUGAUCGAUUUGCUGUUUGGUUGCCAAAUACAUCAGAAAAUGUUGCAAUGUCAUUUGCUGCAUCCAAAUUAGGUCUUAUCAAAGUUAAUAUAAAUCCAGCUUAUGUUGGACGUGAACUUGAAUAUUGUAUAAACAAAGUUGGAUGUAAAGGUAUUAUACUUUCACCAACAGUUAAAAUCAUUGAAUCAUUAUCAUUAUUUCGUCGACUUGUACCAGAACUUGAUCAACAUUCAAUAUCUCGAGAACUUUCAUCAAAAACAUUACCAACAUUAAAACAUGUUAUUCUAACUGGUAAACAAUCAUCUAUAUCUGGAGUUCGUUUAUAUGAUGAUUUAAUUGAACGUGGUACAAAAUUAUCACAUAAAAAAUUAAAUGAACGACAAGCAUCUGUUAAUCCUGAUUCACCUGUUACAAUAUUUUAUACAUCAGGUACAACAGGUCAACCAAAAGCAGCAACAUUAACCAACUUUGGUGUGCUCAAUUUAGUUCAUGCUCAAUGGGAACAUCUUGGAUCUUACUUUACUCGUCUUUGUGUCCCUAUUCCAUUCUUUCAUAUUUUUGCAGAAGUUGUCGGUAUACUUAAUGUUGCAGUAGCAAAAUGUAAAAUUGUUGUUCCAGCUAUUUUACCUGAUACAGUUUCAACAUUGAAAACUAUACAUGAAGAAAAAUGUACAGCACUUAUUGGUGCACCAAUUAUCUUUCGAGAUAUUUUAACACAUCCAGAUCGAAAAAAAAUAUGA